AUAACGACUACUGUUCACUCGCCGACCAUCUACGGAGACAUUGACCUGGCUUCACUUGUUGCCUCGGCCUCCUACCUUAUAUCCCCUCCACAAACUGCUUCUUUCUCACUCAACUCUCUCCCAACCCUCAACUCACUGCUGCAACCUUUCAAGUUACAAUCAUGCCUGCCGGACGUCCCAAGAAGGAUUCCAUCGUCGUCGGAGUUGACCUGGGUACCACUCACUCUGGUGUGUCGUACACGUUCCGCGGCAAACCCGACCCUGCAAGCGAGAUCCCUGUCGUCAGAAGUUGGCAGGAUGGCACUGGCUGCGACAAAGUUCCUACUCAGUUGCAGUAUGAGAUUUCUUCUGAGGCCACUCCUUUACCCAGCCGCAAGCGUAGAGCAGCGGGAAGUUACGCAGACCUGAAGAAGUCCGAUUGUCAUGUCGCCAAGUGGGGGUUCCCUGCCAGUAAGGACAAGGGUUCACUUCAGAUGCUCAAGCUACUUCUUGAUCCCCAGCAGGAGCUACCUGCAUACGUCUCUCGUAUAAAGCUCGAGGCUCAGCUCACGAAGAUUGGCAGAAGUGCUGUCGAGGCUACUGCUGACUUCUUGGAGAAGCUCAAGGGACAUGCUCUCGAGGCCCUCGAAAAACGCUAUGGCAAGGCUUUCAUGGCAUCGACCAAGAUCGAGUACAUACUCACGGUGCCUGCCGUCUGGUCCGAUGCGGCCAAGGAUGCCACUCUCAGAGCAGCUGAGAUGGCUGGAUUCUCCAAGUCUCGCAAUCUGCAGAUGAUUACCGAACCCGAAGCUGCUGGUCUUUACGCUCUCAAGCAGAUGGAGGGUGUCACUCUUGCCGUGGAAGACACCUACAUCAUCGCAGACGUCGGCGGUGGCACAUCAGAUUUUUGCGCGUUCGAAGUGAAGUCACUCGAGCCUCUUCGUCUGGCAGAAUGCGCUGCUGGAACUGGUGCUGUUUGCGGUAGCGGUCUUCUCAAUGUGCGCUUUGAGGAGCACGUCAAGUCUCGCAUGGGUCUGACUGCUUUCGAAGAGUACUGUGAGAGGUAUCCCAGAGAAUGGGACAGAUGCGUUGAGCAUUUCGAGUUGCGUACCAAGCGUGACUUCAACCCUCUUGCCUUGGGCCAAGAUCCUGACGACAUGGACGAUGCCAGUGUCCCACUCGCUGGUGCCCAAGAAGAUUCCCGCGCCGGAAUCGAGAAGAACUAUCUCAUCAUCACUGCUGACAAUCUCAACGAUAUCUUUCGUCCUGUCAUGGAUGCUAUCGUCAAGCUGGCCGAUGACCAGUACAUCUCUCUGAUCAAAGAGAAGAAGAGGCCCAAGGGUCUCAUUCUCGUGGGCGGCUUUGGCGAAUCCAACCAUCUCUUCAACAUCCUCAAGAAUCACUUCAACGGCACUGAGGACUUUGAAGUCUUGCAGCCUCCCAACGCCUGGUCCGCUGUCGCUCGUGGAGCAGUCAUCCACUGUAUCGAGGGUGACAAUCUAGUCGAAGCCCGCAUUGCCAGACACCACUACGGCGUUGUCAGUCGUCUUCCCUUCGAGCCUGAAAAGCACAGCCGCAAGAACUGCGUCUUCGAUGAAGGCGACGAGCGUUGGUACGCCGAGAACCAAAUUACCUGGUAUGUCAAGAAGGGCCAGUCCAUGCCAUCCAAGACUCCCAUCAUCUUGCCCUUCCACUUUACCAACGACAGCAAGCUUCUCGCCGAAGACGUCAUCCUCGUUGUCAGCGAUGAGCAAGAAGUACCCACAGAGUUCGCUCAGUCCGCACGCACUCGCAUGCUAGGUACCAUCCACGUGAACCUCGAGAAGGUCACUUCCACUUCCUGGAAGAAGCGCAAGACUGCUUCAGGCAGACAGUUCGUGGUCCUCGACUACGGAGUUGGAAUGAGUCUUGGUUCAGGUGGACUGAUCUGGGAAAUGCUCGUCGGCACAAAGGUCUGCGGUUCGCUGAGAGCCAAGUACGAGUGA